CGCGUCAUUUAAAACCCUUAAAUCCCUGGACUUCAGGGGGACCAACCCAGCCCCGUAGAAGAAGAAGACUGAGGCAAGACGAAGGGAAGCAGGGUAGGACAGAAGAGUCGAAGAAACUGAAGACCAGCAGCUCCCCCUGCUUUCCUUCAUCCCGUCCAUGGUAAUGGAAAAAACCAACGGCCUUUUCCGCCAACAAGAAGGAGAAAAGCGGUGGGCAUAUCUCCACCACUGCGGUGCGUUACAAAUCCGUGACUGCCUUCGCUUGUCUCUCCCUGAGUUAGUUUCGGGAAUCAGGCGUGGAGAGUCGGAGAGAGUUCGUGUUGGAGAUGAAGCACCUUGUGGAGGUGGAGAAGGGGCAGGAGGGCAGCGACGGCGGGCCCUCCGUCGGGCCCGCCUACCGAAGCGUCUUCGCCAAGGACGGCUUCCCACAGCGCAUCCCCGGCUUGGAGAGCUGUUGGGAUGUUUUCCGCAUGUCUGUGGAGAGGAAUCCCAAGAAUCGAAUGCUUGGGCGUCACGAGUUUGUUGAUGGGAAGGUGGGUAAAUAUGUCUGGCUGACUUACCAAGAAGUAUAUGACAUUGUGAUGAAAGUUGGGGCUUCCAUUCUCUACUGUGGAGUUAAGCAGGGUGGUCGUUGUGGCAUCUAUGGCGCCAACUGUCCUGAGUGGGUCAUCAGUAUGGAGGCUUGCAAUGCUCAUGGAAUUUACUGUGUUCCCCUUUAUGAUACCCUUGGUGCUGGUGCAAUAGAAUUCAUUAUACAUCAUGCUGAGAUUCAGAUUGCUUUUGUGGAAGAAAAGAAGAUUGUGGAGCUGUUGAAAAUCUUUCCCAAUUCAGCCAAGCUCCUGAAAACAAUUGUAAGUUUUGGGAAAGUCACUCCUGAGCAGCAAGAAGAGGUUGAAAAGUUUGGUUUAACAAUAUAUUCAUGGGAGGAAUUUUUGUUUGUGGGAACAGAUCAACAAGUUGAUCUUCCAGUGCAUGAAAAAACAGAUAUUUGUACAAUAAUGUACACCAGUGGAACAACUGGUGACCCUAAGGGUGUAAUGAUAACCAAUGAAAGCAUUAUUACACUUAUUGCUGGUGUGGAUUGGCUGCUUCAUUGUGUAAAACAACAGUUGCAUGAUAGUGAUGUUUAUCUAUCAUAUCUGCCCUUGGCACAUUCUUUUGAUCGAGUGAUUGAGGAGUUGUUUAUUUUUCAUGGGGCCUCAAUUGGAUUUUGGCGUGGGGAUGUCAAAUUAUUAGUUGAAGAUAUUGGAUUGCUCAAACCAACUAUCUUUUGUGCUGUUCCACGUGUACUGGAUCGAAUCUAUAGAGGUCUGCAAGAUAAGAUUUCUUCGGGCGGCUUUCUGAAGCAAGCUUUGUUCAAUUUUGCUUACAAAUACAAACUGCGGAACAUGAAGAGGGGAAAUAAACAUGAUGAGGCAUCUCCAGUUUUUGAUAAAAUAGUUUUUAAUCAGGUGAAACAAGGGUUUGGUGGGAAUGUACGACUUAUCCUGUCUGGAGCAGCUCCUUUAGCUACCCAUGUUGAAGCCUUUUUACGGGUGGUAACAUGUGCGCAUGUUAUGCAGGGCUAUGGUCUGACAGAAACUUGUGCGGGAACAUUUGUGUCACUACCAAAUGACUUUGCAAUGGUUGGAACUGUGGGUCCUCCUGUGCCAAAUGUUGAUGUGCGCCUUGAGUCUGUUCCUGAAAUGGGAUAUGAUGCCCUCUCAAGCAUACCCCGUGGAGAAAUCUGCAUCAGGGGAAAAACCUUGUUCUCAGGAUAUUAUAAAAGAGAAGAUCUUACAAAUGAAGUUAUGAUUGAUGGGUGGUUUCAUACAGGGGAUAUUGGAGAAUGGCAACCAGAUGGAACCUUAAAAAUUAUUGAUAGGAAGAAAAAUAUCUUUAAACUUUCGCAAGGAGAGUAUGUUGCGGCUGAAAAUCUGGAGAACAUCUAUGGUCUUGUUCCUGAUAUAGACUUUAUAUGGAUAUAUGGGAAUAGCUUUGAGUCUUUCCUUGUUGCCAUCAUAAAUCCCAAUAAACAAGCUCUGGAGAAUUGGGCUGGAGAAAAUGGUAUAAGUGAAGAUUUUGCUGCCCUCUGUGAAAAUCCCAAAGCUAAAGAAUACAUCCUUGGGGAACUUACAAAAAUUGCCAAUGCAAAGAAGUUGAAAGGUUUUGAGUUCAUAAAAGCUGUUCAUCUUGACCCUGUACCAUUUGACAUGGAACGUGAUCUGCUUACCCCAACCUACAAGAAGAAGCGGCCACAGUUGCUCAAGUACUACCAGAUGGUUAUUAACAGCUUAUACAAGAGCACCAAGUGACCAACUAGCUGAUCAAACAGGAGUAUAUGAUCAACAGAUCUGCUGCUGCUGUCUCUUUUUGGUUCUAGAGUGUAUAUACUAUCAGUUAGUUUAUUAGUAUUCCUGAACUUGUUUAUUUCAUAUUUCUGAACAGUUGUUUAUUAACCUACUUGUCCAUGCUUUUGGAUGAAAGCACCUUUUGAGGGUUUUGAAGAUUAUGUGCACGUUGAUGAUCUAAAUAACUGUCCUUGGUGAACAAAAUGUGAUGAAUUGCUGCUAUUGAGAGUUCAUGCUCAUCCUUUUGUUGGAUC